CACUCCCAUUGUCGAGAUGGUGUGGUCGAGCACUUUAAUGGCGUCCCUGAACGCUCUGCUCGUGUCUGCUGGCGCCGUGUCCAUCGCCGUCGCUCUCAGAGCCUCCGUUCCGUCGAUCUCCGACUCUCUGGCCCCUCGGUUGCCUCCCGUGCUGGACUCGCUCCUCUCCUGGUUCAGGCCUCCGUACCUCUUCAUCGUUGUUAACGGCAUAAUCAUCACCAUCGCCGCCACCUCCAGGUGCUUCCAACGCGUGCAGCCCGAGGCCGUCCCUCCGGAGAGGGUCGCAGUCGCGGAGGAGAUGGAGGUCGCGGAAGCGACGCCCGUGGCAACCUCCAGGUGCUUCCACCACGUGCAGCCCGAGGCCGUCACGCUGGAGAGGGUCGCGGGGGCGGAGGAGAUUGAUGUCGCGGAGGCGACGCCCAUGGCGGAGGCGGCGGACCCGUUCGAUGAGCUUAAGGAUUUUGAGGAAAAGAGAGUGGUAGUGGUGCGGAAUAACAGGGGAUUCGGCGGCGGAGAUGGAUAUAAUGGUGACUGCGAAGGGGAGAGGAAGGUAGCGUUCGGGAGGUCGGCUUCGACGCCGCGGAGGCGAAUGGACUCGUCGGAGAAAGCUCUGGUUUCGCCGAGACUUGUUCGCCGGAAGGCUGCUGAAGGCGACCACCUUCAAGGGGGCAAAGCUUUGAGAAGAAGCUCGAGGAGAUCCAACGAGAGCAUGGACAACGUUUGGAAAGCGAUAGAGGAGGCGGGAGCGAUGCCGGUGACACGACACGUGAAAGCCGACGAUGCCGACCAUCGGAUUAGCUUGCUGGAGUCGCCUUCGAAAUCGACGAUGUUCAAGGAUCGGACCAAUCGGCUGAGGAAGGAGCUGAGUCCGGAAGAGCUUAAUCGCCGAGUCGAAACGUUCAUCAACAAGUUCAACGAAGAAAUGAGGCUGCAGAGAGAGGAGUCCAUAAAUCAAUUCAAGGAGAUGGUAAGCCGUGGAACGUAAAAUUCACCAGGAAGAAGAAA